GGCGGGUUGCCAAGCUGUACCUCCGUUUGAUUGGUUGUGUCACUGAAGACCGAGAUAUUUGAAAGUAACAGGGUGUUUGCUUUUUUGUGUGUCGAAGAUACAUAACUGUUGGGCUCCUUUUGUAGGCUCGUCCUCUCAAUUACUCGAUAAGACACUAGUCGUUAUACAUAUUUUAAUAUCGUAAUGGAACAGGAAUCACGGGACGCCGCGUGCACUGUCAACGACAUGUCGGACUUGGUUGUGAUUGAUCUGGACUCAGCUGAUGAAGUGAAACUCGACAAAGAGAGCGGCCUCUGUGAAGAACAGGCUAAUAUUUUGGAUGUGACUCAAGAUCUUUUUCAGAAUGAGCAGGGGGCAGCCAAGGUUGACACUGAUGAUGAUGAUGACGACAGUGGUACAGAUCACUGUAGCUCUGAAAAGUCAGGCACCCACCUACAAAGAUGUGAGCGACACAGAGGAGGGAAUUCUAGCCUCCCAGACACUUUCCAAACUAGCCAGCUGCUGUUUUAUGAGCGAUUUAAGGCUUAUCAGGACUACAUGCUUGGCGACAGUAAGCCAUCAGAGGUGAAGGCUUUCACUGCAGAUUACCUGGAGAAGGUGCUGGAACCCUGUGACUGGUUGGCUUUAUGGUGUACUGACGUCUUUGAUGUUUUGGUGGAGGUGCAAGAUCUGGAUCUGAAGGAUCUGAAGGCAUGUGUAAAGUUGGUGCUGCCUCUGCAGUGUGAAACCAGAGGCUGUGAACUCACCGAGGAGGCCAUGGCUUCUCUCCUGGAGGCCACUCAGGACAAAGUCCCCCUGAAAGAGCUCCAGGUGGUCUACGAUGAGUCUGGAGACUUUGACCAGACAGCUCUUGCUCUGGAGCACCUCAGGUUUUUCUAUCAGCACAUCUGGAGGACAUGGGAUGAAGAAGAUGAGGAUGAUGACUUUGAUUACUUUGUUCGCUGUGUGGAGCCUCGUCUCAGACUCCACUACGACAUCUUGGAGGACAGAGUUCCUGCCGGCCUGGUGGCAGAGUAUAAUUCCCUACUGGGCAAGUGCUCACAAUGUUUCAGACAGUUUAGCGAGCUGCGCAGUGGUCUCAGUGCUGACUCUGACUCUGAGCUGGACAAUGUGUCUAUGGUGGAGGGCCUGAAGCUUUAUGACCAGCUGGAGACAUACAAGCGCAAAUUACACAUCAUUGAAAACCCCCUCCUAAGAUAUGUGCUGGCUUAUCAAGGAAACUGCAGGCAGCAGUGUGUGAAGAGCCGUGGGCUCAGAGCGACAGACACUGAGAUCCAGUUCCACAAGGAGCCAGUGUCUGCGGUGGACGCAUGCCAUCAGGGCGAUGUGGUGAUUGUCCUCCCAGGGGUCUACAGUGUCAGCAGCUCCAUCAUCAUCCCAGACUCUAUAACUAUUGAAGGCUUUGGGUUUCCUGAUGAAGUUGUCAUUGAGAAGAAGAAUAAAGGUGACACAUUUGUGGAGUCCACAGGAGCCGAUGUGAGGCUAUCCAACAUCAAAUUCAUCCAGCAUGAUGCCAUUGAAGGCAUUCUGUGUGUGCGCGAGGGGACCCUGAAUAUGGAGAACUGUGUGCUGCAGUGUGAGACCACCGGCGUCAUUGUGCGAACGUCUGCCCGUCUGACCAUGAACAUGUGUGAUCUAUACGGCUCCAAGGGUGCAGGUGUGGAGAUUUACCCUGGCAGUGUGUGCAGUCUGGUUGGUAAUGGAGUCCAUCACUGUAAGGACGGGAUCCUCAUCAAGGACUUUGCCAGUGAUCUUGACGGGAUGCCAUCCAUUACCAUGGAAAACAAUGUGAUCCACAACAACGAGGGCUACGGGGUGAUUCUUGUGAAACCAGGAAAUGGAGACCAACCAAGUGAAGGAGACCCACCUGUACCUACAGCUGAUCAACAGCAGGGAUCAGCAGCAGCUGUACAGACCAUCUCCACCUCAUCGUCCACUACUCCUAAGCCAGAGUUGGCGGAGAGCAACGGCUCAGAUGGCGACGCGGCCUUUGCCACAGGCAGGAAGUGGCAGUUCAGCCGACAGCAGAGCAGGAACAAAGAGGCGAGCUGCAGCCGAGCCGUCCAGGAUCUGAUGGAGCACCAGAUCUUUGUGUCUGUUCAGGGGAACCAGUUCAAACGCAACGGCCGGGGCGACUUUGGCACCUUUUUCUACUGACCCUCACCUUACUUUUAAUCUCCAUUUUUGUUUUUGUGCUGAACUAUGUGUUCUUAUCAUGUGAAUGUUGGAGGCCUUUUCUGUACAAACAUAACACAGGAAGUAUGAACUGUUCAUUAAUCCCAAGUCUUGAAUUUGCACAAGUGCUUUUAUCUAAUAUAUUUGUUAGGGCUCCUGAUGCUCCUUUUUUUUUUUUUAACAGUUUGAAUGCCUUAAAGCAUUGUCUUGUGCCACACAGUUAUGGUGAUUUGACUUCACAUCUUGCACAUUUUGUUCUUUCAUCACUUAAUUUGGGGUUGUUGUUGAAAGCAGAGCACUGUUGUAUUGUAUUAUUGAGUUGAGUUUGACUUGGUGUCUCAGAUUUGGAAUUUGUUUGGUUUUAGGGAGAGUUUCAGUGUUUUUCGGACGUGCUAUGAAAGUCCAGCGUAAAUAGAAAUUAGCGUUUCAUGAUUAGAAACAACAAAACUGACAACACAAAUUAGCUAACUUUUUUCUUCUUUUUUUGGUGUAUGUGUAAUGGAAUUGAUAGAGAUUAAAAAGUGUCUUUUCAAACCUCAGAGCGGUAAGAUGUGA